UCUCGCCAGCUGGUGAGAGCACAAACCUUUCUGCAAAACAGGUCGCCUACAGGAGACAAAUCAUAAUUUUGAGGGGACCAGGAGAGCUUUCAUCUCUCCAAAAAUCGCCAAUUCACCCACGAACUCGAAUGUCGUGGAACGAAGAUAAAUAAUGGCCAGCUUGUUCUCUCUCUGUUGAAGUGUUGAGCGGAUCAAGCUCCCGCGACACACACGCACACACACAGCUCGGGCGUUUCCGCGACUCCUCAGCGGCCAACGGAAGGGUGGCAGGAGAGAGGAGAGAGGAGGAGGAGAAGGGGAGAGAGGAGGGAGAGGAGGGGAGGAAACCCGACUGUUUUGAAGCUAUACGCCAGUAAACAUAGACUAUAAGCAUACACAGUGAAAGAAGAGGAAACCGUCGCAGUGCUAUUUUAUUUCAGUGUGGAUGAAACUAGGAUGAGAGAGACGCCAAAGGAGAGAGACGCCAUCCGUGACAAGUUAAAGGACUCCGCUAUUGGGAUGGCUGAGGUUUCACAGCAGGAGAGAAUUCAGGCCAUCGCUGAGAAGAGGAAGAGGCAGACAGAGAUUGAGAACAAGAGGAGACAGCUGGAAGAUGACAGAAGACAGCUUCAACACCUAAAGUCGAAGGCUCUGAGAGAGCGCUGGUUGUUGGAUGGGGCUCCAGAGGAAGAUGAGACUCAGAGACGACUUCAGGAGGACGAAGAGAGGACUAAGGCACUAGAGAAGAGCAUCCUCUGCUUGGAGCAGGAUAUAGAGGAGCUGGAGAAUCCGGUCGUGACCAAAGAGAACAGAGCUGUAAAUGGAGUAUCACAGAACCAGAGUCCUAGAAGAGAACUAACAGGAGUAGAAGCCAAGCUGUUGGGUCCCAGUCCAGACCAGGCCAGCGCUGAGAACCCUGUUACCCUGGUCUUCAUGGGCUAUACAGCUCUGGAGGGUGAGACAGCAGGGGAGGUGGGGGAGGCAGGGGGACAGAGGGUGGAGACGGCUCAGUCAAGGCGGAGUUUGUGA